AUGACUGAGGAAGAUGUUAGACGCGUAGCGAUCACUAUAUAUGCGAAAAAAUGUGCAGAAGCUGAGGAGGUGCUGAUGUCACCGCUAGUAUUCGACAUGCAUGAUAUCCAGCUUCUGCGGAAGUAUGGUAUAUGUGGUGUGCUGUCUGGAACUUUGCCCACUGCUGCACAACAGAAUGUGUUCUUGUCGGUGCCUCUGAGGCUCAUGCUGGAAGACGUGCUGUGGCUUCACCAAAACAAUCUCGCCGAUGUGAAGAUAAUAAGACAAGGGGGCGAUGAGAUAAUAGCAGGAAUAACGCCAGAAAGGGGUGCCAAACUAGCCAAACUGGUGGAAGACCGCUUAACUAAGUCGUUCGAUUAUCAGACGAAGUUUAAGAAGGACCAACACAUUGCAAAAUUAAAGAAAAUCGGUAUUAUCAACGACGAGACUUCCGCAGAGGAACUACAGCGGUUGGACAAAUCUAACAACAACGACCAGCUGAUCGAAUCUUCUUUAUUUAUUGACAUUGCCGACAGUUCUUCUAUCCUAAAGGACGAUAGUAUUGCUUUGAAUAGCCUAUCUUGUGAUGAUAUUCGUAAUUUGUUGUUUAAGCAAUACGAGCGGUCAGAAAAGAUGCAGACAUACUUUUUGUACAAGGCAUUGAGAGAUCAAGGAUACGUCUUGUCUCCAGGUGGUCGUUUUGGUGGGAAAUUCAUAGCAUAUCCUGGUGAUCCCCUGCGUUUCCAUUCGCAUUUGACUAUCCAAGAGGCGAUCGAUUAUCGUAGCGAGCCGAUCGACUUGAUAUCUAUGAUAAGCGGUGCAAGACUAGGCACUACUGUUAAGAAACUUUGGGUCAUAGGGGGUGUUGAGGAAGAGACGGGAAGCACACAUUUCUUCUCGGUGGAAUGGGCAGGUUUCGGUUAA